AUGUCAUUGAAUGCAACUAAAGAUGAUGAUGAAAGAAAUAAAUCAAAUGUAAACAACAUUAAUGGUAAUAGCAAUACUAAUACAAAUACAAAUACUUUAUCAACAUCAAAAACCUCUUCUUCUACUGCAGGUUCAACAAAUGAAUCUAUUGAAGAUUUUGUAGGAGGUAUAAACAAUUAUUCAAACAAAAUUGAGAAUAAAGAUGACAAUGAAAAAACUUUUAAUCAAUAUGAUCAUGAUUAUAGAGAAAAUGAAGAUGAUGAAAGUAGAAGAUUAGAAUUAGUUAGAACAAUUACUCAAUUUUCACAAAAAGAUGGAUUAACUAAAUUAGAUUCAAUUUCAAAAGAAAUAUCACGUCAAAUAACAAAUAAAGAAGGAGAUUUUCAAUUAAAAUUGGAUGAAUUCAACCUUUUAAGAAUUUUAUCAAAUUUUGUCUAUUUUUCAAAAAAACAAGGUAUUAAACUAAGAAAUAGUGGUGUCACUUUCAAAGAUCUUUGUGUUUAUGGAACUGAUGAAUCUUUUGCAAUUGUUCCUACUGUACUAGAUUUAUUGAAAGGUCCAAUCGGUAUAAUUCAAAAAAUUAUUGCAUCUGCUAGAACUCAAGAUAAGAAAAUUUUAAAUAAUUUAAAUGGAAUUGCUAAACCUGGUGAGAUGGUUUUAGUCUUAGGUAGACCUGGUGCUGGUUGUACAACUUUCUUGAAAUCAUUAACUGGUACUGAUUUCGAUUUAUAUAAGAAGAUUGAUGGUGAUAUUAGAUAUGAUGGUUUACCACAAAAGGAAAUGAUUCAUAAAUUUAAAAAUGAUUUGGUUUAUAAUCCGGAAUUAGAUGUUCAUUUCCCACAUUUAACUGUUGAUGAAACAAUAACUUUUGCUAUUGCAUGUAAAACUCCGAAUAUUAGAAUAAAUGGUGUAUCAAGAAAAGAGUUUAUUAAUGCUAAAAAGGAAAUAUUAGCAACAGUUUUAGGUUUAAGGCAUACUUAUCAUACAAAAGUUGGAAAUGAUUUUGUUAGAGGGGUAUCUGGUGGUGAAAGAAAAAGAGUAUCAAUUGCUGAAGCAUUAGCCUGUAAUGGAUCAAUCUAUGGAUGGGAUAAUAGUACAAGAGGUUUGGAUGCUGCUUCAGCUUUAGAAUUUGCAAAAGCUAUUCGUACAUCAACUAAAAUCUUGAAAACAACAGCAUUUGUCUCAAUUUAUCAAGCAGGAGAAAAUGUUUAUGAAUGUUUCGAUAAGGUCACUGUUUUGUAUUUGGGUAGACAAAUAUAUUUUGGUAGGAUUGAAAAUGCAAAAAGAUAUUUCGAAAAUAUGGGAUGGCAAUGUCCUCCGAGACAAACUACUGCAGAAUUUUUAACAGCAUUAACUGAUCCAAUUGGAAGAACUCCCAAACCAGGUUUUGAAAAGAAAGUUCCACAGACAGCUGAAGAAUUUGAACAACGUUGGUUAAAUUCAAAAGAAUAUCAAGACAUGAUUGAUGAAAUUGACGAUUACAAUCAAUCAAUCAAUGAAGAUGAGAAAAGAUCACAAUAUUAUGAAUCAAUUGAACAAGAAAAAAUGAAGUAUACAAGAAAAAAUUCACCUUUUACUAUUUCAUAUAUGCAACAAUUAAAAUUAUGUACUAUUAGAAGUGCUGAAAGAAUUUGGAAUGAUAAAGCUUAUACAGUUACACUUAUUUUAGCUGCGGUAUCUCAGUCAUUAAUAGCUGGUUCAUUAUAUUAUAAUACUCCAGAAACUGUAUCGGGUGCUUUUUCAAGAGGUGGUGUUGUUUUCUUUGCUGUAUUAUUUAUGUCAUUGAUGGGUUUAGCUCAAAUUUCUGCUUCAUUUGCUAGUCGUCCUAUUUUAAUGAAACAAAAAAAUUAUUCAAUGUAUCAUCCUUCAGCUGAUUGUUUAGCAGAUUUUGUCAUGUCAAUACCAAUAAGUAUUUUGAUCAAUACUUGUUUCGUCAUAAUCAUUUAUUUUUUAUCAAACUUGGCAAGACAAGCUGGUAAAUUCUUUAUAUGUUAUUUAUUUGUUAUAUUGUUACAUUUGACUAUGGGUUGUAUGUUUCAAGCUGUUGCUUCAAUCAAUAAGAAUAUUGCUGGUGCUAAUGCUAUUGGUGGGGUAUUAAUGUUGGCUUCAUUAACUUAUUCAUCAUAUUUAAUCCAAAGACCAUCAAUGCAUCCUUGGUUCAAAUGGAUUUCAUAUAUUAAUCCUGUUUUGUAUGCUUUUGAAGCAGUUAUUGCUAGUGAAUUUCAUGGUAGACAUAUGGAUUGUGAUGGUCAAUAUUUAACCCCAUCUGGUCCCGGAUAUGAAAAUUUAAGUAGUGGUGAACAAGUUUGUGCAUUUGUUGGUGCACAACCUGGUCAAAAUUGGGUUUUAGGAGAUACUUAUUUAUAUCUUUCCUAUACUUAUAAAUUUGAUCAUGUUUGGAGAAAUUUAGGUAUAUUAAUUGGAUUUUUAGCAUUUUUUUUAGCAAUCACUUGUUUGGGUACAGAAUAUGUAAAACCAAUUUCAGGUGGUGGUGAUAAAUUAUUAUUUUUAAGAGGUAAAAUUCCUCAUAAAAUUGUACUUUCUGAUGAGAAAAGAGAUAAUCAAGAUAUGGAAGCUGGACCAGAAAUUGAUCAAUUGGAUGAUCGUGGACCAAAAUUACAAAGUGAUGAUGAUGAUUUAAGAGUAAAAGAUGUAUUUGUUUGGAGAGAUGUAAAUUAUGUUAUACCAUAUGAUGGUAAAGAAAGAAAAUUAUUAGAUAAUGUUAGUGGAUAUUGUAUUCCUGGAACUUUAACUGCAUUAAUGGGAGAAUCUGGUGCAGGUAAAACUACUUUAUUAAAUACUUUAGCUCAAAGAAUUGAUUUUGGUACAAUAACUGGUGAGAUGUUAGUAAAUGGUAAACCCCUCGAUUUAUCAUUCAGUAGAAGAACAGGAUAUGUUCAACAACAAGAUAUUCAUGUUUCAGAAGUUACUGUUAGAGAAUCAUUACAAUUCGCAGCAAGAUUGAGAAGAUCAAAUGAUGUAAGUGAUGAGGAAAAGCUUGCUUAUGUUGAAAAAAUCAUUGAUAUAUUAGAUAUGAGAUUGUAUGCUGAUUCAAUUGUUGGUAGGUCUGGUAAUGGUUUAAAUGUUGAACAACGUAAGAAAUUAUCAAUUGGUGUUGAAUUAGUUGCUAAACCUUCAUUAUUAUUAUUUUUAGAUGAGCCAACUUCGGGUUUGGAUUCUUCAAGUUCUUGGGCUAUAGUAAAAUUGCUUAGAGAUUUAGCUAAUGUUGGUCAAUCAAUCUUAUGUACUAUUCAUCAACCAUCUGCUACAUUAUUUGAAGAAUUUGAUAGAUUAUUAUUAUUGAAAAAAGGUGGUCAAACAGUAUAUUUUGGUGAUAUUGGUAAAAGAUCAAAAGUAAUAUUAGAUUAUUUUGAAAGAAAUGGAGCAAGACAUUGUGAAGAUAAUGAAAAUCCUGCUGAAUAUAUUUUAGAAGCUAUUGGUGCUGGUGCAACAGCAGCAGAAGUAUCAGAUUGGUUUGAAAUUUGGGAAAAUUCACCAGAAAAAGAGGAAACAGAUAAUAAAAGAAAUCAAUUAAUAGAAGAACUUCAAAGUAAACCCUCUGAUUUAACUGAAAAAGAGGAGAAAGAUUUAAGUCAUAAAUAUGCUACUCCUUACUGGUAUCAAUUUAGAUGGGUUACUGAAAGAAAUGCAUUGACAUUUUUUAGAGAUCCAGAAUAUGUAAUGGCUAAAUUAUUUUUAAUGACAAUCAGUGGAUUAUUUAUUGGUUUCACAUUUUUUGGUUUAAAACAUACUGUAACUGGUGCAACAAAUGGUGCUUUUUGUGCUUUCUUAGCAGUUGUUGUUUCUGCUCCUGUUAUAAAUCAAAUUCAAGAAAAAGCAAUAAAUGGUAGAGAUUUAUAUGAAGUUAGAGAAAAAUUAUCAAAUACUUAUCAUUGGUCAUUAAUGAUCCUUGCUCAAACUUUAAAUGAAAUGCCAUAUUUAUUGAUUGGUGCUGCGUUUAUGUUUGUUUCAUUAUAUUUUCCAACUCAAGUCGAUACAGUUGCUCUGCAUUCGGGAAUGUUUUAUUUAACGCAAGGUAUAUUUUUACAAGGUUUUGCUGUAUCAUUUGCUUUAAUGGUUUUAUAUGUUGCACCAGAUUUACCAAGUGCUGCUGUAUUAGUUUCAUUCUUGUAUACUUUCAUUGUUGCAUUUUCCGGUAUUGUUCAACCAGUUUCAUUAAUGCCAGGAUUUUGGACUUUUAUGUAUAAACUUUCACCAUAUACUUAUUUUAUUCAAAAUUUGAUAUCAUCAUUUUUAGAAGGUAGAGAGAUAAGAUGUAAUGAAAAAGAAUUUUCAUAUUUCAAUCCACCUAGUGGUCAAACUUGUGAUGAAUUCACGAAUCAAUAUACAUCAAGAGCUGGAGGAUACAUUGCAAACGGUAAUUCAACCUCAAAUUGUGCUUAUUGUAGGUAUAAUAAUGCUGAUGAUUAUUUAUUAACAGUUGGAGCUAAGUUUUCAUUAAGAUGGAGAAAUGUGGGAUUCUUUUUUGCUUAUAUUUUUUUCAAUAUUUUUAUAUGUAUGGCACUUUAUUAUCUUUUAAGAUAUAGUAGGUUUACUACAAAGGUAUCUGAAAGAAUCAAUUUGUUAAUUCCAAAAAGAAAGAAAAGAACUUAA